AUGAUGACUAGAUUGAGUUCAACGGAUAUGAAGGAUAUAAAUAUGCUAUUUGCUGCUAUUCCAUCUAUUUGUGCAUCAAGUCCGAAGAAGAUCUCAAUCUAUAAUGAAGAAAUGAUAGUAGCUCGUUGUUUUAUAGGCUUUCUCAUAUUCAGUCGGAAGAGUUUAGGUAAGACUUUCAAAGAAACUCUCGACGGGAGAAUCGAGUCUAUUCAGGAAGAAUUGCAGCAAUUCUUCAAUCCUAACGAAGUCAUUCCGGAGGAAUCCAAUGAACAACAACGGUUACUUAGGGUCAGCUUGCGAAUUUGCAGCACCGUAGUAGAAUCAUUACCAACGGCACGCUGUGCGCCUAAGUGCGAAAAGACAGUGCAAGCUUUGUUAUGCCGAAACCUAAAUGUAAAGUCAGCAACACUUCUAAAUGCCACUUCUUCCCGUCGCAUCCGUCUUCAGGAAGAUAUAAUCACUGGUUUUCACUUUUCAGUGAGUGAAAGAUUUGUAUCCGGGUCUACGGUAGAAGCUUCUACCGUAGAACAAAUUCGAGGAGAGGCCUUCGUACCCAUAGACCUAAUUCGAGAAGGCUUGAUAGUCCUCAGAAAGGUGAGGGUGGGGGGUUCUAUUUUUGAAGAAUAA